AUGGUAAGUGCGACGUUUUGGACAGCGACGCUCGCUGGUACCACCGCGGCCACAGCAGCAGUGCUGCCUCGCAGCAAUGAGUACGAUUAUGUUAUCGUUGGCGGUGGCCUCUCUGGUCUUGUGGCCGCAACCCGCCUGUCAGAAGAUCCUGAUGUGUCGGUCCUUGUCCUGGAGUAUGGCCCUAUCGACCGUAGCAAUAUCACUCAGAUCCCCUUCUAUGGCACCUCGUUGAAUACCGCCGCCAUGCGCGACAUUCCCUCCGCGCCCGAGCCGUACAUGGGAGACAGAACCUUUGCCGUUCGAGCAGCAUCUGUGGCUGGUGGUGGUUCGCAAAUCAAUGGUAUGCAGUGGGAUCUGCCAUCCGCUGCUGAUUUUGAUUCCUGGGAGGCGCUCGAAAACGACGGCUGGGGCUGGAGUGAGAUUCAGAAAUACUACAAGAAAGCCUCGCACCUCGCGACGCCCGAUCCGGGCAUCGAGACCAAGUAUGGCUACUCUUACGACACACCUGCCUAUGGCGACGGCCCUGCUAAAGUCAGCUUUCCCGAAUUCCAGUACCCUGAUAUGUACAACUUCAAGAAUGGCUUCGAUGAGCUCGACGUGCCGUUCAUAGAGGAACACGCCGCCGGCAACGCUGUUGGACAGUACUGGACUCCAGCCUCGAUCAACGACGAGACCAAGACGCGGACCUCUUCCCUUUACGCUUACUAUGACAAAGUCUCCGAUCGGCCUAAUCUGAAGCUAUUGCCUAUGCACCAAGCCAACGAGAUCAUCUUCAACGAGGCUGCCGGAGACCUUUCGGCUACUGGUGUCAAGGCACUCAACCGCGACAGCAGCUCGUUCGUCGAGUUCAAAGCCAAAAACGAAGUCAUCCUCGCCGCUGGAGCGAUCUUCACCCCUCAGCUCCUGCAGCUCUCCGGCAUCGGCCCCAAGUCUGUGCUCGAUGCCGCCGGUAUCGAGACCAAGCUUGACAUGCCCGCCGUCGGUUCCAACUUCCAGGACCACCCCGCCGUCUUCCUGGCCUGGAACGUGACCUCCUCAUUCCCCAAUCCCACCACACUCACCACCAACGCCACCUUCUACGCCGAAGCCCUCCGCCUCUACCACGAAGAGCAGACCGGUCCCCUCACAAAAUCCCAAGCCAGCUACGUCGGCUUCCUUUCGCUCCAAACCGUCGUGGGCUCCGACACCGCGUCCGCCCUCCUCGAUGACCUCGCUGCACAGUCCCCCAGCGAGUACCUUCCCGAUAUCUAUGCAAGUGACCCCCGCCUAGUCGCCGGCUUUGAAGCCCAACGCGCGACCCUCGUCUCCGACAUGUCGCGCGGCGCCGUCGCCGUAGUCGAAAUGCCCCUCAGCGCCGCCGGCCGCAUGCCCAACGCACUACAAAAGCCACUCUCACGAGGCACUGUGCACCUCAACGCCUCAAACCCACAAGGCGUGCCCACCGUGCUGCACGAUGCGAUGCACAACCCCUUCGACCGACACGCCGUGUACGCGAACCUGCAGUUCACACGGCGCCUGUUCAACACCGACGCCAUGAGUGUCAUGGAGCCCGUCGAAGUCACGCCGGGAGCACAGUAUACGGAGGAAGACGAGGUGUUGGACGUGCUGGUGAGCAGUGGGGCGCUGACGCCCACGUUCAGCCACCCGAGCGGCAGCUGUCCGAUGAUGCCGGAGCGGCUGGGCGGGUGUGUGGAUGCGGAACUGAAGGUGUAUGGGACACAGAGAUUGAGUAUCAUUGAUGCGAGUGUGCUGCCGAUCAUUCCGGCGGCGCAUCUGCAGGCGACGAUGUAUGCUGUGGCGGAGAAGGCGAGUGAUAUCAUCAAGGCGAGGGCGUAG